AUGUCAACCCCCGAUCUGUUGCAGAAACUGCGCGACCUCGGCAUCUCGGAUCGUUCCGCUCGCUUUGCCCUUUCGCGGACAAACAACAAUGUCGAGCAGGCUGCCGACUACGUGUUCUCUGGAAAGGCCGGCAAGGAUGAGUCGGAUGACUUGAUCCGCGCAGCCCUCGGACGCGGACGCACGUCGUCCGGCGCGGCUCAGUCAUCUGGUACCUCGACUCCCACAUCCAAGCCGACAGCUGGCGCUCUCGCAGCCACAUCCAAGCCGACAGCUGGCGCUCUCGCAGCACUGGCACUUCGCGCUGCGGCCGUCGCGAACCCGCAACAGGUGAUGCCUCCCCCGGUUCCCGUCGAGUCCUCAUCCACGGCUCCCGUCAAGCCAAACAAGUCGCUCUUGGUGCCGUCCAAACCGAUCGGCAGCCGACUGUCGAAGAGCGAACCGAGGUCACGCUCCCCCAGUCCCUUCUUCCGUGCGCGCAAAGCGCGUGAAGAGCGUCGCGAGCGCUCGCCUAGUCCUGACAUUGUAGCGCUCCGCAAGGACUCGCUCGCUGCGGACUCGGACGUCGAGGGACUAGUUAGUGACCGCGGGCGAGGACGCUACCGCCCGCGCUCGUCUGCAUAUGACUCGCCCGAGUCGAGUGGUGGCGAGGAGGCCGAUGGCGAGUCUGGCGUCCAGAUUGCCGAGAAGCCCGUUGAGAAGACCGUGGUGCUGCACGACGAGGACGAGGACGACGACGAUCACCACGCUGACGACGAACACCACGCGAGCGACGAGGUCGACGAGCCGCUCGACUACGACGACGAUGACUUGUGGGACCCUGAGACGUUCUUCGACGAGGAGACGGAGAAGAACACUACUGCCAACGCGUUCUACGCCGACCCGUCACGCGACGAUUCCAUCAAUCAUGAAACCAAGCAGGACAACUUUGACGUCUUUGGUGAGGAUGUCGAGCAGGACUUGCUUGGAGAAGGGCCCAACGUCGUUGUGCCACCUGAGCCGCUGUUCGCCAAGCCUGGUGACAAGGUCCGCAAAUCGGAGCGCUCUGGUCUCGACCUCGUCACUUCGCGCCCGACGUUUGCGCGUGACAGGUGUACAAUUCAACUGACGCAGGGCGACCCGGACGCAGCGCUUGAGGAUAGCGGCAAGCGCAUGCGGCGUUACGUCGUCCUGAGCGACCUGUCCGAGGAGAGCCGGUACGCGGUUGAGUGGGCUAUCGGCACGGUCGCGCGCGACGGUGACGAGGUCUUCCUCAUCUCGGUCAAUGAGAACGAGGACAAAGUCGAUCCGAAAAACUGGAGCAACAAGGACCAGCAAAACAAGAUGAAGUUGCAAAAGGAGCGUCAGACGACCGCGCUCCUCCUCGUGCGCCAGGUGACGGGUCUGCUUGAGCGCACGCGCCUCAACGUUACCGUGACGUGCCAGGCUAUGCACGCCCAGAACGCGCGCUACAUGCUGCUCGACGUUAUCGACUUCCUCGAGCCGACGCUGGUGAUUGUCGGCUCGCGCGGCCUGGGCCAGAUCAAGGGUAUCCUCCUCGGCUCGACGUCGCACUACCUCGUGCAGAAGUCGUCUGUGCCGGUCAUGGUCGCGCGCCGUCGCCUGCGCCGCCCGCUCCACCACACCAACCCCGAGGACUUGCGCCGCUCGCCGCGCGUCUCGCUGGCAUCAGCCAACAUCGAGAAGACGGCCCCGUCGAAGCAGGAGGACGACGUCCUGGACGCUGCCGACGACGACGACGACAACGACGAGCCCAAGCACCACGAUAAGCACCAUGGCAUGCACCAUGAGAAGCACAUCGAUCGGCACCACGACGAGCACCACAGCGAGGAACUCCACGACGAGCCGAAGGUCAACGUCAAGGUCGUCGUCGAGGAGUAG